AUGGAGGGUGGAAGUACAGUGGAACUCAAAGAGAAAUACCAAGGUGCUACCAGAUUUCCCUACAACUCAGUGGUGGAAUAUGCCUGUCGUCCAGGCUACAGGAGAAAUCCUGAAGUCAGAAACACCCUUGUCUGUGGAAGGAACAACAUGUGGCACGGGUCCAAGGAGAUCUGUAUCCCAAAGAUGUGCAGCCACCCCGGGCAGCCCGACAAUGGCAGACUUGACCUACAAGAAAUGGUCACUUUUGCUUUUGGUUCAACAGUGAACUUCACCUGCAACCUUGGGUACAGGCUGGUUGGAAGUUCUCAGAUUCAGUGUGUGAUUAAAAAUGAUGCUGUAACGUGGAACAGAGAUAUUCCCCUCUGUGAAGCAAUCCCAUGUCCACCCCCUCCCACAAUAGCCAAUGGAGAGCACAGUGGAACCAACCAAGAGCAAUUUGAGUAUGGAUCCUCUGUCACCUACCGCUGCCACCCUGCCAGGAGGGGAGAGAGUCCUUUCUCACUGGUGGGAGAUGCCUCUAUUUUCUGUACAACCACAGAUCAUGAAAAUGGUGUCUGGAACAAACCAGCCCCUGAGUGCAGAGUGGUGACCUGCGAGCAGCCCAGCCUGGAGCACGGGAAGCUGCUGAGCGGGUACCGGCCCCGCUACACCUACCGGGACACUGUGCUGUUCGACUGCCAUUUCCGCUACACCCUGAACGGCAGCGACACCUCCACCUGCAGCCAGGAGGGGCUCUGGCACCCACCGCUGCCCCGCUGCCAGCUCAGUAGCUGUGAGGACCCUCCAGAUGUGGGUAAUGCUUUUAAAGCAAAACUUGCUGGCAAUUUGUUUCCUGUGGACACUGUUGUUACCUAUGAGUGCAGGGAGGGCCACCAGUUCAGCCCGGGAGAAACCACGCGGCACGUCCAGUGUCUGCAGGACUUUACAUGGACUGAAACUCCAGCUCCUUGUGAGAGAAUCCCUUGCCCUGAUCCAGACAUCAGAAAUGGAAAGCCCUUGUAUGUAUGGGAAAAAAAGGACAGUUACGUGUAUGGAGACAGACUUGAAAUUACCUGUGAUGAUGGUUAUGCCUUCAAAGGCCUUGGUGGUACCGUUGUGCUGCAGUGUACGAGUGAGGGGAGGUGGGACCCAGCCAUCCCAGAGUGCACCCGAGAACCUCGCUGCCCGAGGCCAGACAUUGCUCAUGCAAAAGAGAUUUUUAACAGUAAAAAUGACUACACAGUGGGGACCCUGGUGAGGCUGGAGUGUGAUUCUGG